AUGAGGCAUGCUGUACCUCACACACUGGAGAUGACGCACGCUGUAUCUGCUGUGAGGGAUCAGCUGGUGUGCCCCAGUCAGUGUGGAGGCUCCAGUGCACCGCCAACGUGCCAGAUUGUGCAGGAGGACGACAGCCUUCUCCUGAAGCGGUUGAUAGGCAAAGUACCUGCAGACAAGAAGAUAUGCCCAAAAACCAACGACAUGAACAGCAGAAGCAGUAGUGGCCAGCCCUGCAGGCCGAAAGCUGUGACGUCACCUCAAAACCUGCAGCAGCCCCAGUGCUUUUACGCAGUUCAGCAGCAGCCACGCCCCCCAACACCGCCACCUGUGCCACCUCCCGGUAUUCCUCCACAGCAGAUCCGCCAUCCCACUCGCACCACGCCGCCUCUCCCGCCGUCACAACCGCUCCGGCCGCCACCGUCACACCCAGCACCACCAUCAAAGCUUCCAUUGGACUUCCAGGAACUCCAACAGUCCCAGUCCCCUCUGUUGCAGCCUCUGUGCCCUCGGCAACAGCAGCCUACAGACCAACAAGAAUCGUCACAGAAACCUGAAGAACUGCCAGCAAAUCAAGCUUUAGCCUCUGUUACCGCCACCGACCAGCAGUGGAAACAUAAUAGCGGAGAGUGUGACAAGCUCUUCAGCACCAUGACGUCUCUCAAGUGGCAUCCCACUCGCACCACGCCGCCUGUCGCGCCAUCACCACCGCUCCCGCCGCCACCGUCACGCCCAGCACCACCAUCAAAGCUUCCAGUGGCCUUCCAGGAACUCCAGCCGCCCCACCCACCUCUGCUUCAGCCUCUGUACCCUCGCCAACAGCAGCCUACAGGCGUACCAGAAUCUUCACAGAAACCUGCAGAACUGCCAGCAAAUCAAGAUUUAGCCUCUGUUACAGCCACCGACCAGCAGAGGAAACACAAGUGCGAAGACUGCGGCAAACACUUCAGCAGCAAGGCGUCUCUGAAGGUGCACGCGCGCACGCACACGGGGGAGAAGCCGCACCAGUGCGCCGAGUGCGGCAAGUCGUUCAGCCAGCUGCGCAACUACAAGUACCACGUGUCGGUGCACGCGGGCACGCGGGAGUUCGCCGCGGCCUGCCCCGAGUGCGGCAAGGUGUUCAACGACCGCGGCUACCUCAGCUCGCACAUGAAGAUCCACCGCAACCGCAAGGAGUACGCGUGCGCCGACUGCGGGCGGCGCUUCAACCAGCGGGUCGCCUACAACAUGCACGUGCGCAUACACACGGGGGAGCGGCCUCACGCGUGCACGCUCUGCGACAAGACCUUCACGCGCUCGGUACAACUCAAGCAGCACAUGCGUAGGCACACCGGCGAGAAGCCCUUCACCUGUGAGGUGUGUGGGAAGCAGUUCGCGGACCGCAGCAACAUGAUGCUCCAUCUCCGGCUGCACUCCGGCAUCAGGCCGUACAGCUGCGGCGAGUGCGGCAAGGCGUUCACCAAGAAGCACCACCUCAAGGCGCACAUGUCCUGCCACACGGGACUGCGGCCCUACGCCUGCGACCGCUGCGGCGCGCGCUUCAGCCAGUCCAGCAACAUGCGCGCGCACCGCAAGAAGUGCACCACGCCGCGGCCGCCUCCCGGGGGCGGCGGGGGCGGCGGCGGCGGCGGGGGCGGCGGCGGCGGGCCCGCGGUCAGGGCGGCGGGCACCAGCGUCAUCAUGCGCGUGUCCGGCGACCUGGUGCAGCACGUGCUGCAGUGCGCCGACGAUGCAGCCGCCGCCGCCGGCCGAAACGUCACGCUUGCUGGCGACGCCGCUACGUCCCUCGUGGCUCCCUCAGCCACCCACACAGCAUAA